AUGAGCUCGGCUUCGCGCGGCAGCGGCCAGCUACUCGGAGGCUACUGGCGGGCUUGGGAGUUGUGGGUUUACGCCUACUUCCCUAGGCUCGCUCCUGUGCCAGUUGCGGAGACUUCUCUGGCCGUCCCGUUUUCGAGUCGCUUCGACGGGAGAUGCACCCGGCGACCACGGGAGACAUUCGGCUUCUUCCGCCGAUACUUUGACACCAUUACCCCUGCCGAGAUCACAUGGCGGCCGUGGGCUCCCUUGCCGGCGGCGAUGCGGGAUCGGUUCGCUGGUGCGGAGGAGACCUCGCGUUUUCGAAUCUUGCUUGAGGGCCCGGUCUGUCGGGCUUGGUACCUGGGGGAGCGUUUCCUACGCCAGACCCUGGGGUUACCUGAGCAGAUAGUCCCGGUUCACCCUCCUGCGGAUAUGAGGGAGACCGAGAGGCUCACCAGCGAGCAGAUGCAUGACUACACCAUUGGCUGGGAGGAGGCCAGCUUCAGAGGUACCGGAGACUAUCAGGAGUACGUGCGGACGUACCUGAUGUGA